AAUACUCAGUAACUAAAAAUUGAACUUGAAUCGUCAUCGUCAUUGUUCCCAUGAUAUCUUACUGUUUUGCGAUGAGAUUCAGGAGCCAAUGCUGCUCCGCCAAAGUCUACUGUUGUUGCAGCUGCUAUUACUGUUGAAAAAUAUUGGAGCUUGACGGUUGAAUGUUGAAUACAAUCGAGUGAGUUUUCUGCCUUGGUGUUAUUGAUUUGAUUCAUAUGGAUUUACCUCAAUCACAGUCAAGUAAACUGUCGUUAGGGUUUUCAUCCCACUCGUCGACUCCUGCUCCGCCCAACCGGUCCCAAUCGGCUGAUGGUUCAAUCUCUUUCCAGAUUGAUUCAAGCUUCGGCGACCAUUCCAAUCCGCUCCCGUCUGUGCCGCUUCAAUUGAUGGAGCAACAAACGAAGGAAGUUAAGGAGAAUGACGCCGGAGGAAGUAUGGAUGACGGUGAGAUUCGGAUUUUGGGACAUUCUAUGAGUUUGAAACGGAAGAGAGAUACUGAUUCAACCUCAUCAAAUUCUUUUUCAUCUAGAGGUGGUCUUACGGUCCCGAUCUCUAGCAAACAACAACAAAGUCAUGAAACACGCAGAAAUUCCGUCAUUGCUUGGGGGAAUCAAAGCCUUCAAUCAGCAGACCCUGAUUUAUUUCAGAUAAUGGAGAAUGAAAAGGAGAGGCAAUACAAAGGGAUUGAACUAAUUGCUUCAGAGAAUUUCGUUUGUAAGGCAGUAAUGGAAGCAUUAGGAAGCCAUUUGACGAAUAAAUACUCAGAAGGAAUGCCCGGAGCAAGGUAUUAUGGCGGGAAUCAGUUCAUUGAUGAGAUUGAGACACUUUGUUGUGAGCGUGCUUUGGUUGCUUUUGGACUUAAUUCUGAGAUUUGGGGUGUGAAUGUUCAACCGUAUUCAUGUACAUCUGCAAAUUUUGCUGUAUAUACAGGUUUGUUAUUGCCUGGUGAUCGUAUAAUAGGUUUGGAUACACCUUCUGGCGGGAACACAAGUCAUGGGUACUAUCUCCCGAAUGGGAGGAAAGUGUCAGGGGCUUCAAUUUUCUUUGAGAGUUUUCCUUAUAAGGUCAAUCCUCAAACUGGAUAUGUGGAUUAUAAUAAGCUUGAGGAGAGGGCUCUUGAUUUCCGUCCUAAGAUACUUAUAUGUGGGGGAAGUUCUUAUCCCCGGGAGUGGGAUUAUGCAAGGUUUAGACAGGUUGCUGAUAAGUGUGGAGCAGUUUUGCUGUGUGAUAUGGCUCAAAUCAGUGGUCUGGUUGCUGCAAAGUUCUUCCAAUCAUAUUAAACAGGCGGUUUGUGAUAGCCCUUUCGAUUAUUGUGAUAUAGUUACUGCCACAACCCACAAGAGUCUUCGAGGUCCAAGAGGAGGCAUUAUCUUUUAUAGGAAGGGGACAAAACCAAGGAAGAAAGGCAUGGUUCUGAAUCAAAGUGAUGUUUGUGAGAAGUAUGAUUUUGAGGAGAAGAUAAACUUUGCGGUUUUCCCUGCAUUGCAAGGUGGGCCACACAACAACCACAUUGCUGCCCUUGCCGUAGCAUUAAAACAAGUAGCAACUCCCGAAUACAACCUUUACAUGCAACUAGUGAAGAAGAACGCUCAAGCCUUAGUAAAUGCAUUAUUGAAAAGGAAUUGUAAAUUGGUGACUGGCGGGACAGAUAAUCACCUUAUAAUUUGGGAUCUACGGACUCUUGGUUUAAUAGGUUGUGACUUUCGCUUCCUUUUUACCUCUUUCAUGGUUUCCUUUGACUGCAUUUUAUCCUUCUGCCCCACACAGAGUUAGAUUAGUUAUAAAAUAAGGGUAUAAUAGUCUCCUAACUCAUUUUUAGUCUCAUUUUUGGAAAAUAGAAAAAAAGAUCUCUUUUUUGUCAAUAGCUCUUUUUUUAGUAUUAUUUUAGACAUAACCCCUUAUUAUUAUUAUUAUUAUUAUUGUUAUUGUUAUUGUUA